AAUAUUUGAAAUGAGUCUUGCGCGGGAUUGGACCACGUGGCGAUCUGUAAGAAUUCGACCGUUGUGAGAAAUUCUUCUUCAAGUGUCUCCAUAGAUCCGUUCAUUUUUCGUCCAUCUUCAUCUGCACAGCAAAUCAAUCAUUCACUUACCAACGUAGUCUCUCUCCCUUAAUGGCGAUAGCUGCGGAGCAAGAGAAGACUCAUUCCGAGGCUUCAGCAACCGAGCAAAAAAGAUGGACUCUCAAUGACUUUGAUGUUGGCAAACCUCUUGGACGAGGAAAGUUUGGUCACGUCUAUUUGGCGAGAGAAAAGAGGAGCAAUCAUAUAGUGGCUCUAAAAGUGCUAUUUAAGAGCCAGCUGCAACAGUCGCAGGUUGAACAUCAACUACGACGGGAAGUUGAGAUACAAAGUCAUCUUCGACAUCCCAACAUAUUACGGCUUUAUGGUUACUUCUAUGAUCAGAAACGAGUUUACUUGAUAUUAGAAUAUGCGGCGAAGGGUGAACUUUAUAAGGAACUACAAAAGUGUAAAUACUUCAGUGAAAGACGUGCUGCUACAUAUGUUGCAUCAUUAGCUCGGGCUCUCAUUUAUUGUCAUGGGAAGCAUGUAAUACAUAGAGAUAUCAAGCCAGAGAACCUGUUGAUUGGUGCACAGGGUGAGCUAAAGAUUGCAGAUUUCGGAUGGUCAGUGCACACAUUUAACCGUAGGCGUACCAUGUGUGGCACACUAGAUUAUCUUCCGCCUGAGAUGGUGGAAAGUGUUGAACAUGAUGCUAGUGUGGAUAUUUGGAGCCUUGGUGUCCUGUGCUAUGAAUUUCUUUAUGGGGUCCCUCCUUUUGAGGCCAGGGAACACUCUGAUACAUAUCGAAGGAUUGUCCAAGUGGAUUUGAAGUUUCCUCCUAAACCAAUUGUGUCUUCUGCUGCUAAGGACCUCAUUAGUCAGAUGCUUGUCAAGGAUUCUGCAAACCGCCUACCACUACACAAGCUUCUAGAGCAUCAGUGGAUUAUUCAAAAUGCCGAUCCCUCUGGCAUCUGUAGGGGUUGUUGAGUUACAUUGCUGGUGGUGGAUUGUUUUAAUUUCUUGAUGAGUUUCAGGAGCUUUCUUUUGUCGGGUCAUCUCUGCCAAACAUUGUCACCUCUGAUGAGUAAAAAAUGUAGUCUUAUCUGGUUCAUCACUUAUCUGCAGUCUCCAAGCUCUGUAGAAAUAAAACUAUUGUACUUUGGCCAAAAAUUUUUAAAAUUCUUUUGUAUUCUUAUCCAUCAGGGUAAAAAAAUGUAUUCUUUGUAGUUUCUUUUGCCAUACCCAGUGCAAUGCAAUCCACCGGUCAUUGUUAUUUUGGCUUUCGGAAAAUAAUAAUAUAAUAGUUAAUUGCAA